UAAUGCAAUACACUCUGCAUCUUAACAAUGGAAUUGCAAUAUUGCCAUUGUACAUUUUAAUGUAACUAGCUUUAGUUACAUGAUAUGACCGGUGAAUUUGUAAGGGAUAUUUUACGUAUUCUUUAUCUAGAAAUUGUUCAAAGAAAUUCAUUGCAAGUUUACCAGCACAAAAGGAAAUAUUUGAAUACUUUAUGUAUUAUAUUGUGAAUUGUCUGCUUGAGUUUUGGAGUGAUAAAGAAAUACUGCUAAGUGUACCAUUAGAAAUGUCUAUUAUAUUAACAAUGGCAGCAAGUAUUUUAUUUUGUGAGAUUUUCGGAAGUAUGUGGAUGACUGUUUCAGGAAUACGUGCCCAAUCGCCUGCUACUAAUGAGCAGCCUUGGGCUUCAAUUCUCUACACAGCUGUUGUGAAAGGAAAAGUGGCCUUGCCUUGCGAUAUAUCUCCGCCAUCCGCCGAUGACGGUGUAGCACUUAUUCUUUGGUACAAAGACGAAGCUCCAUCGCCUAUAUACACGCUAGAUGCUCGUCAAGGGACUCUAGAACAGGCCCGGCAGUCGGCGGUUUCCACGCUGGACCAUCGUGCCUACUUCAACAUGAUAAACAGACCCGCGUUUCUACAGCUGGACCCAGUACAGGAAGAAGACGCUGGAGAGUACAGAUGUAGAGUAGACUUUCAUAAAGCUAGAACAGUCAACACUGUAAUCACGCUGAAAGUUAUAGUUCCGCCGACUGAGCCCGUCAUAUAUGACGACGAAAGAAGAAAAGUCAAAGGAAUCAUUGGACCAUAUAAUGAAGGAGAAAAACUAAAACUUCUUUGCGAAUCAGAUGGAGGAAAGCCAAGGCCAGCUGUCACAUGGUGGAGGGACUAUGCAUUACUGGACGAUACGUACACUUUCGUCACAGGUGAUAAUUCCGUAAGAAAUGAGCUUGAAAUCGAAGAACUGAGGCGGAAUGAUUUGCUGGCUGUUCUGCAGUGCCAAGCGUCCAAUAACAAUAUCACUGUUCCAGCUUCAGUAUCCGUCACAUUGGAUGUCAACUUGAAACCUCUAAUUGUCCGAGUAGAGCCACAUAAACGACCUCUGUCGGCAGAAAAAGAGGCUGAUCUCAAAUGCUCCACCAGCGGUUCAAGACCACCUGCUGUCAUCACGUGGUGGAAAGGAAGCAAAGAAAUAAAAACAGGAAGAACAGACAGUCAGACAGGAGAUGCCACUAUCAGUGUUCUGAGAUUUGUCCCUUCUGUAGAAGACAACGGGAAAUAUUUUUCCUGUAGGGCUCACAAUCCUGUAAUACCUGGAAGUGCAAAGGAAGAAGGAUGGAAUCUUGAAGUAUUUUAUGCCCCUCAAGUCACUCUACAGCUGGGAAGUACAUUCAGACAAGGAGAAGUGAAAGAGGGCAAUGAUGUUUUCUUUGAGUGCAACAUAAGAGCUAAUCCUUGGGUGACAGAAAUAUCUUGGUACUUCGAGGGACGUGAAUUGCGGACCAAUACAUCUGCAGGAAUAAUCAUAAGCAAUCAGACUCUCGUAUUACAAAACAUUAAUAGGACCAGUCGUGGUAAUUAUAGGUGUUCUGCAGCUAACGCCGAUGGAGUAGGGACCAGCAAUGAAGUUUUUCUUCGAGUAAAAUAUGCUCCUGUCUGCAGACCUAGUCUGCGACGUGUUUAUGGCGUAGGUCGCCUAGAAGCAGUUCGUGUUUUGUGUGAAUUAGAAGCAGAUCCUCCUAAUCUAGAGUUCCACUGGCGGUUCAAUGCUUCUGAACGAAAUUUAGAUAUAUCAGAUUUCAGUUCAAGUGGAAGAGAAAGCAUUGCCACAUAUGUUCCACACACAGACGACGAGUAUGGAACUUUGUCUUGUUGGGCCACGAAUGAAGUAGGCUGGCAAAAGGAGCCAUGUCUGUUUUCUAUUGUUCCUGCAGGUCCUCCUGAAGCCUUACUAAACUGCUCUGUCGUCAACCACACUGAAAGCUCCAUUCAAGUUGACUGCAUUGAAGGAUACAAUGGGGGACUGCCUCAAGUAUUUACCCUUGUAGUUUAUGAUAAAGAAAUUGGUAAAUUGCGAUCAAAUGUCACCUUGCCACAGCCAUCCUUCGUCAUACAAGGUUUACCCAGCAGCACUGCACUACGCUUGCUUGUUUAUGCUAGUAAUGGAAAAGGCAGGAGUCCGCCUUAUCCUUUGUUCGCAACAACACUACAGAAAGCAGAAAAAUUAACAGGAAUGCAAGGCAUUAUCAUCAUUCGGCCAGUCCUGGGUCUCCUCAUCGGGGUUUUAGUUGCCUUGGUGAUCAUUGCCAUCAUCAUCAUCGUAGCCCUAAAAGUGAAAAAAAGAAGAAAACAGAAAGAUUGCCAAGGAGUAUCUGGUGUUUCUGAUAAAUCUCAGACACCCUUAAAGAAAGACACAGAUGACAUGCCAGAUGGAGAAGAAAAAGGACCGGAUAUCAUUCCGGCGAAUAUUAUAAAUCGAGCUUAUUACACAGAGGAUCCAAAAGAAAGCUCACCAUCGGGAAGCACUAUCACCAGCCGAAGAUGGCCAGAAACACCGCCACGAGAUUCUAUAGAAACCUCUUUAGCAACAUCUACGUAUAGAAAACCUCCAGAGGACAUAACAUAUGUAGAAUUAUCACUACCAAGGGAACACCACAGUGUCACAACUGUAAGACGGAAAGAACCACCAACAGAAUAUGCCAACAUAGACCUCCAUAGCCAUCUACAUCUGCAGACUAUCGUUGUAGAGCGGGAGGAAGACGACGAAGUUGGGAACAACACUUGCGAAACGCCACUCAUGAGCAAUCGCAGAGAGAGUGCCGUUUGAAACGAAAACUACCUUUUUUAAAUCCUGAACUAAGUGAUUAAAUGGAAACUCACUUAUAUGCUAAAAGCAUUAUCGGUUUCGUCUCCGAGUGGUGGAAAAUGACAGGAUUCCUGCAAUUCCAUGCUCUUCAAAUGCACAUGGUGGUGCUCAAACUAAAUAAACUAUUGUAAGCGGUCAUUGGUCUAACAAGGAGUUCUGGAUUUUUUUCUAUUCCUGAUUCUAUCUCGACUGAAAAAAAUGGAAAAUAUCAUAUUUGUAUGAAUAUCUUUCCCAGUUUUCAAACACAACUAUUGUAAAAUAUUA